GUUAUUCAUACCAUCCUUGAAAAGAUUAGUAUAUAUCAGCAAAAUGGUAGUGGGUGGUAUUUUAAAGAAGUUCUUCAUCUUGAAAUUCACACUGUUUUUUACAAACCAAUGAGAUCUUGAAGAUCUCAAAUAACAUCAAGAACAAAUGGUAAAAUACAUAUUUGUAAGAGAUGUUUUACGCACUUCUCAAGAGAACAUUUAUUUCAGAAUUAUAUCAAAUAUUGCUCAUCUAAUGAAAUAGUUGCAGUUAAAUUGCCUCUAAGAAACACAAGAUUACGUUUUCAAAACUAUUCUAAACAACUUCCAAUUCCUUUUGUAGUUUAUGCUGAUUUUGAAUGUUUUACUAAACCAAUGAAUACUUGUAGUCCUAAUCCAGAGGAUUCAUAUAGUUAUAAUUACCAGAAGCAUGAGCCUUCAGGAUUUUGUUUUUACAUUAAAGGACUGGAUGGAAUGGAUACAAUAUUUGAACCAAUUAUUUAUACAAAGAAAAGUGUGAAUGAUGAUAUUGCUUCGAUAUUUGUUUCUAAACUUGCAAAGAUAACAAAUAGAAUUUAUAACGAUUUUUAUUGCUGUCCAAAACUUCUUAGAUUAACAAAAGCUGAACAAGAAUCCUUUGAUGAAGCAAAAAUCUGUUAUAUUUGUAAUAAACAAUUACUAACUGAUAAAGUUAGAGAUCAUUGUCAUUUUACGUCUAGAAAUCCAUUGAUUCUUCCAGUUAUAUUUCAUAAUCUUCAAGGGUAUGACGCUCAUUUGUCUAUUAAACAAUUGUCUUGUUUAAAAGGUGAACUCACUUGCAUACCAUCUACAGAGGAAAAAUAUAGCUCGUUUUCCAAAAAGAUUUAAGUUAAUGAGUAUGUAUCUAAAUACAAUGGAGAAACAGUUUCAGUGUAUUUUGAAAUAAGAUUUAUUGACUCUUUUAAAUUUCUUCAGACUGGUCUUGCUAAUCUUGUUAGAAAUCUUCAACCAGAUGAUUUUCGCAACACAAAGACAAUAUUUAAAGAUAAAACAGAUUUGUUAAUUCGUAAAGGAGUUUAUCCUUAUGAUUAUGUUUCUUCAAUUGAUAUUUUCUCUGAAACACAACUACCUCCAAAAUCAGAAUUCUAUUCUAAACUAAAUGACGAAGACAUAACUGAUGCUGAUUACCAACACGCACUCAAUGUCUGGAAUACUUUUAAUUGUAAAACUAUGUGUGAUUAUCAUGACCUCUAUCUUAAGUCUGAUGUCCUCUUGUUGGCAGAUGUAUUUCAGAAUUUUCGAAAAACUUGUCUUCGCCAUUAUACUCUUGAUCCUGCUCAUUACUAUACAUCUCCUGGACUAGCCUGGGAUGCGUGCCUCAAAGAAACAGCCCAAGAAUUAGAGUUAUUACAUGAUUAUGACAUGUUAAUGAUCUUUGAACGUGGAAUUCGCGGUGGAAUAACUCAUAUUGCAAAAAGAUAAGCAGAGGCGAAUAACAAAUACAUGAUCAAUUAUGACUCUAGUAAACCUUCUACUUACAUUCAAUAUUUAGAAACUAACAAUCUCUAUGGGUGGGCAAUGUCACAACCACUUCCUACACAUGGGUUUAAAUGGAUGAAAGAUUUAACUGUAGACUCUGUAAUUGAUUUGUUAGAGCGCCGAAAGUCAAACAAGGGUUAUAUAUUCGAGGUUGACUUGGAAUAUCCUCGUAAACUGUGGAAAUCACGUAAUGGUUAUCCUCUUGCACCGGAAAAGACUCUCGUAAAUGGAGUGGAAAAACUAAUUGGGUCUUUUAGACCUAAAAAAAAUACGUAGUAGAUUAUCGCAAUCUCAGAAUGUAUCUUGAGAUGGGAAUAAUACUAACUGCUGUUCACAGAGGAAUAUCAUUUUACCAAUGUUCAUGGAUGGCGUCUUAUAUUUAAAAAAAUACAGAGCUCAGAAACACUGCAGCAAACAGUUUGGAGAAAGAUUUUUUCAAACUAAUAAAUAAUUCAGUAUUUGGAAAAACAAUAGAAAACAUUCGAAAGAGACAAAAUAUAAUAUUGGUAGAUAACGGAAAGAAAGCUUCACAACUAUCAACAAAACCAAACUUUGAUCGAGCAGCAAUAUUGGAUAAAAAUCUUAUUGCUGUUCACAUGAAGAAAACUGAAGUGUAUUUUAACAAACCAAUAUAUGUCAGACAAGCAAUACUGGACUUAUCCAAAACACUAAUGUUUGAUUUUCAUUUGGAUUACAUCCAAAAGAAAUACACUGCGACGAAGGAGCACAAUGAUGCAGCAGAGGGCGCUUUUCGCGCAAAGUUGUUGUUUACAGAUACUGAUAGCUUGUUGUAUUUAAUUCAUACCGAUGAUUUUUACAAAGAUAUAUCUAAGGAUAUAAAGCGAAAGUUUGACACAUCUGAUUAUCCUGAGAGCCACCCAUCUGGUAUAGAAACAGGAGUUAACAAAAAAGAAAUAGGAAUGUUUAAAGAUGAAGUAGCUGGCCGCCAGAUUACUCAUUUUGUUGGGUUGAGGCCAAAGCUUUAUAGUUUUAAAGUUGAAGGAGGAGGUUUAACCAAAAAGUGUAAGGGAAUAAAGAAAAAUGUUGUUAAACGGAAAAUAUCAUUUGAGGAUUAUGUCCAGUGUUUGUUUUCUGGUGAAAGAAAGAUGAAGUCGAUGAAAAUUAUUAAAAGUGAAAAUCACGAUAUUUACUCAAAGGAAGUAAAUAAAAUUGCUUUGAGUAAUGAUGACAACAAACGCAGUGUGAUGGCGGACAAAGUAAAUACACUUGCUUUAAGAUAG